CUCCAGCCCCCCCGGUUUGCUGCGGCGGUUGACCCGACUGGAUCUCCAUGGCUGAAUAACAGAUUAAAGUCGGGGGCUUGCUUCUGUGGUUUUCUCUGAGGGGGGUUGCUAAGUUGCGGUUGAGACCGUCGGUGGCGGCGGCGGAGGAGGAUGGCGCUGGCUCUGGAGGAAGUGUGGGGCAGAGUGAAGAACGUCUGCAAGCAGAACGGCCUGCUCAUCCUGUCCGUGCUGGCCGUGGUCAUCGGCUGCCUGCUGGGCUUCUUCCUCAGAGGCAAGCAGCUCUCUGAGCAGGAGGUGAAGUACUUCCAGUUUCCCGGUGAGCUGCUCAUGAGGAUGCUGAAAAUGCUAAUCUUGCCUCUUGUCGUUUCAAGUUUGAUGUCAGGUCUCGCUGCCCUGGACGCCAAGUGCUCAAGUCGCUUGGGCAUCAUGACCAUUUCCUACUACUUGUGGACCACCUUUGUUGCCGUGGUGGUGGGCAUCCUCAUGGUGUACAUCAUACAUCCGGGCGGCGCCGCCCAGAAGGAGGACUCUGAGGACAGCAAGAAGCCCAUGACGAGUUCUGCCGAUGCGCUGCUGGACCUCAUCCGCAACAUGUUUCCAGCCAACUUGGUUCAAGCUACAUUUCAACAGUAUCGGACACACAGAGUGUCCGAGCUGAUCCCCAAGCCGACGGUGGCCCAGCUCCUGGACGAGACCACCACGCGGCGGGUCUACAUCUACGGCGUCCAGGACGACAACGGCACUGACGUCCAGAACUUCUCCUUGGACCUGACGCCGCCUCCCGACGUCAUCGUGAAGACGUCGCCCGGGACCAGCGAGGGCAUGAACGUGCUGGGGAUUGUUAUCUUUUCUGCAACUAUGGGAAUAAUGCUGGGAAGGAUGGGACCCAACGGAAGCGCGUUGGUCAACUUUUGCCAGAGUUUGAAUGAAGCGGUUCUGAAGAUUGUUGCCAUUGUCAUUUGGUAUUUUCCCUUCGGCAUCGUCUUCCUCGUUGCCGGGAAGAUCUUGGAAAUGGAUGACCCUUCAGCCAUGGGGAAGAAACUGGGCUUUUAUGCCAUCACUGUGGUCAUGGGCUUGGUGCUCCAUGGUCUUUUCAUCCUCCCUGCCAUGUACUUUUUCAUCACCAAGAAGAGUCCCAUAGUGUACAUUAGAGGGAUUUUGCAGGCUCUGCUCAUCUCUCUCGCCACCUCCUCCAGCUCUGCCACUCUGCCUAUCACCUUCAAGUGCCUCCUAGAGAACAACCACAUCGACCGGCGCAUCAUCCGCUUCGUGCUGCCCGUCGGGGCCACCAUCAACAUGGACGGCACUGCUCUCUACGAGGCCGUGGCAGCCAUCUUCAUCGCCCAAGUGAAUAAUUACGAGCUCGACUUUGGGCAGAUCAUCACCAUCAGUAUCACCGCCACGGCUGCCAGCAUCGGCGCAGCCGGAAUCCCGCAGGCCGGACUCGUCACCAUGGUGAUCGUGUUGACCUCCGUGGGUCUACCCACCGACGACAUCACUCUCAUCAUUGCUGUUGAUUGGGCCUUGGAUCGAUUCAGGACCAUGGUCAACGUCAUGGGCGACGCUCUGGCUACCGGCAUCAUGGCUCACAUCUGCAGAAAGGAUUUCGUCAAGGAGGGGGAGCAGGUACCCCUGAUCUGUGAAACCAAACCCAUGAUAAGUAUCCAGCAGAUGAUGAGGUACCAGAACCAAAAGAACGGCUGCUACCAGCCGCCGCCGGGCAGCCGGCAGGACCACGUGUCCCCGGACGUGGCCCGCCUCAUCCAGCUGGAGGAGGGCAUCCGGCCGGUGGAGAAGAAGAAGCAUGGCCACGGCCCGCACCACAAGCGAGAGCACAGAGACAAGGACCACUGUUCUGUGGACAUGAACGGCCUGGAGACCAACGUCUGAGAGGACCGGGCCGCUUUGGAGCUCCGGUUCCGACAGA